CAAACUAUAAAUAGAAAAUCACAUGGAGGAACUUGUGUCAAUGUUAUGAGAGAACCAGACUGAUAAAGUAGAGGUUUUCUGGUUGAAUCACAAUUCGUGUGCUAAAAGUUACAAUUCCUGAAGUGAAAAUGUUUUCAUACACGUUAAGGGCAUUAUACAGAAACAUCAAUAAAUGCUCAUUGUCUGGAAUUAAAAGUAGAAACUUUUCCAGAAAUAUCCCAUGGAGAAAUUACGGAAGCGCCCAUUUGUCACGAGAAAAAGAAACCCAAGCAGUGACAGAUUCGUCCAAAGUGAAGGAGAUAAUCGAUUCUUACGACACGUAUCUGUUGGAUAUGGAUGGCACCCUUUGGGGAACAGAUCACUACAGCUCUAUUCCAGGAACUCCAAAAGCAAUAGAAUUCUUGAGAAAGCAAGGAAAAGAAAUUUUGUUUGUGACCAACAAUAGUUUUCAUUCCAAUUCUCAUUACUUGAAUAAAUUUAAGUCUCAAGGGUUUGAGGCAGAGGAAGAUCAUGUUUUUGGGGUGGCAUAUGCAGCAGCUCUUUACCUGAAAGAGAUGCUGAAUGUGACGGGGCAGGUUUACGUUUUAGGGACACAUGGAAUGGAAGACGAGUUGAAUAAAUUUGGACUGCAGCAUUUCGGUUUUGGACCAGAUCCAGAUGUCUCCAGUUUGCUUGUUGAAAACCUCCUAAAUAUGGAAUUCAGAGAAAACGUCCAGGCAGUGUUGAUGGGCUUUGACAAGGACUUCCAUUACAACAAAAUCUACAAAGCAGCAAGCUACCUGAUGGAUCCUAACUGUCAUUUUGUUGCAACCAAUGAUGUAGAAAUUGCUGUGAAAAUUGCCCCGAACAGGAUGCAGCCAACCACAGGGAGUCUAAUUCAGUCAGUGGUUGCAGCCUCAAAACGAAAGCCCACAGUUGUAGGCAAGCCUCACACCCUGAUGUUUGACUGCAUCAUGGAAAAAUUCCCAAAGACAAACCCCAAAAGAACCCUGUUUGUCGGGGACAGCUUGAAAGCAGACAUUAGAUUUGCGAACAAUGUUGAUAUUGAUUCUGUUCUUGUGUUGACAGGAGCUAACACCAUGAAGGAUUUGAAGGACUACCCUGAUGCCAUUCCAAACUUUGUGAUGUCAUCGUUUGCUGAAUUCUGUAUACCAUAGUCAUAAGUUAGUUUAAUAAACUGGUACAGUAAUUGUCCAGAGUAUGAAUUAACAAGUUAAAGCUUUUAUAUAAUUCCUGCUAUAAAAUGCACUUUUAAUUUAUCUUGUAUCUUUGUACAUGUAAAUAACAAGCAUUUUAUCAAAAUUUUAAUAUAUUUUAGAAAUACUUCAUCCUGUUAUCUAGUGUGCCACAAUGCUAUAGUAAAUCUAUGUGAUCCCUUAACUCUGUCUCAAGAUAUUAAACAUGCAGUCCAUUUUCUUAAAUUAUUCAGAAUUAAUUUUAGAAAUACCUCAGAGGUUUCAACAAUGUUCAUUCAAUACAACUAUAAAAAAACCCCAAAAUUUCUCCUUUGGAACUCCCCAUCUGAUUACAUACACAGCUAAAAAGUUUAUCGGGAUUAUGCAUUGCAAGUGACAUGAAAGUACCUGGAUGAUAACAUUAAAAAAUUGUGCAAGGUGUUCCAAAUGGACUCCAAAAAAGAUAUCGGAUUUUCCCCAGUAUAAACUUAGAUUUUUCGCAAGAAGUCGUAUUUUGUUUGUGUGGACUUCCUUGGUAAAAGUAGAUAAAAUGUCAAUGAAGAAAUCUUGGAAUUAAUCCUUUUAUUGUUUACAAUUGGUAUGUGCAUUUUCUUUAAACAAUAAUAACUUAGUACACAUUAUAUAGUAAUCCAUGAGGAACUAGUGAACUUUUAUGUUAAUAUUCUUGGUGUAUAGAAAUGCAAUGGGUACAAAUCUAGCUUUUUAACUGUAUCUUAUAUUUGUAACUUCAUAUCAACUGCCAUUAAAUGCUUGUCCGGAUUGUUUAGUUUUGUGUAAUAAUAACGGGUACAUGUAUUUAAAUAAUUUUUUUACAAUAUAUUGCAUGACAAGAUUUUUGCGCGCUUACAAUUUACAUGAGAACUUUGUUUUUUAUAAUGCUUUUAUUCAAAUAAAUAAAUCACAUGCUUAUAGUUAA